UCUGCCAGAAAGAGGAGGGAGCCAGUGGGGCUCCUCAGCUAGUGGCUAAAAGCCCAGUAUAAAUUUGGAACUGUAUUCACACCGGUGUGUGAAGCUGUGAGCCAGGCACAUUCCUCCAUGCAGUGGUAAGGCAGCUCUCAGGGGGUUGGUCAGCGGGGCAGGGCCCACCUCUCCAAAGUCUGUCUGAGCUGAGCUGGCAGACUUGGGAGCAGAAAUCUACUUGUUCAUCUACUGUUUCUGUGGGCCCAGCAAACUCUGGAGAAGCAACAAGGCUAGCGAAGAAAAGAGACGUUUCCUCCUGGCUGGCAGAGGUUACUUUGCAUGUAUUGGUCUUGAAGGAAAAGGCAGUGUCCCUUUCUUGGCUCUUUCAUGGUUAAGGAAAACAACUGGACAGAGCUUGUGAUGGACAACAUCAGCAUAAUGGACUGGACAGUUGGAGGUGAGGAACAGACUUCUCUGGAGCACCCUGUCUGUGUCUGAUGAACUCCCCCCAUUCUUCCCUUGGCUGUUUCGCUGUUAAGGAUAGACUUGUCCCUUACAGCGAGGGCAGAAGGCAGGAGGAAGGAACAGGUCUCUGAGAGCUUGAUUUGCUCUUACUUAACUUACCCAAAGAUGCCUUACAACACUUCUGUCAUCAGCCCAAGUCCUAGAGAAGAUCCCAAGGGUGGCAGUUUCUUGGAGGAAAGCAAUGGUGGGGGUGAUGACAGCAAUGUCCUGGGUGGGGACAGCCUGGUCACAGGGCCGCUGGGUGCAGUGCUGCUGGUCAUGUGCCUCACUGGGAUGGUGGGGAACAUCUACACAGUGGCAGUGGCCUCUGGCAGGGUGACAGGCUGCUCAGCAGGCUCCUUGGGGGUCUACAUGAUCAACCUUGCCCUGGCUGACCUCCUGUACCUUUCCACCAUCCCCUUUGUGGUUUGCACCUACUUUGCCCACGACUGGUUCUUUGGGGAUGUGGGUUGCAGGCUGUUGCUCAGCCUGGACCUCCUCACCAUGCACGCCAGCAUCUUCCUCCUGACCGCCAUGAGCCUGGAGAGGUACUGGGCGGUGGCCAAGCCUCUGCGGGCCCGGCGGGCCAGCAAUGCCUACCGCAGACUGGCCAGCGCCAUCCUCUGGCUCCUCUCGCUCCUGCUCACGGCCCCCAUGAUGGUGAUGACUCAGCUGCGGGAGGGGGACGGCCCCCAAAAGCGCAUCUGCAUCCCCACCUGGACGCCGUCGGCUUUCCGGCUCUACCUGACGGUGCUGUUCACCACCAGCGUCCUGGCACCCGGCGCCGUGCUGGGCAUCGUCUACACCCGCCUGGCUCGGGUGUACCGGUCCUCGGCCUGGCGCCUGGGGCUGCCGGCGGCCGGCCGGGCCCCUGCGCGGCGGCUCCUCUCCAGGAUCUCUGCCAUCGUGGUGGCCUACUGGGCCUGCUUCCUCCCCUUCUGGGCCUGGCAGCUGGCCGGGCUGUACCAGGGAGAGGGGCUGGGCAUCGGCCCCACUGCACAGGCCUACCUUAACUUCGGUGUCACCUGCCUGGCCUAUGGCAACAGCUGUGUCAACCCCUUCCUCUACACCCUGCUUGCCAGCGGCUACCGCCGGCGCCGUGGCCGCACCGGGACGGGCGAGGCGCGGCCUGCGGCACCCUCUCAGCAGGCUGCGGGAAGGCACAGCAGCCCCCUGGCUUUCAGGGAGUUCUCGGGGUCUGUGAAGGAAAGAGAGCAGUGA